AUGCCGAUGUGGCAAGCCAUGAAAGGCGCUGCUUGGACUCCUCAAUACUGGCAAGUUCGCCACGCGGCCGCCUUGGACAUGCAAGCUCAGUGCGGUUACCCGAUCGCUUUCAUCACUUGGGCUCCCUUCGAGUGGUCGGCUCCUUACCAUGAAGCACUUCUGCAGCAGAUGCGAGAUUUAGGCCGGCAACGCCUGGGGUUGGCCGGGCCUGAAUCUUUGCAUUUGGCACAUCUCUUGACUGAGCUCUUCAGGGAAUGGGUCUGUGGUGGCGGCCGCAAGUUCGGCGAUGCCACGUCGCAGUGGAAGGCAGCUCUGUUUGGUGGCACGAAGCCGGAUGGCAGUCGGGUUAAGGUCAACUUCGUGGGCCGCUUGGAAUUCCAGGACGGCAAGCGGAAAGAGUCGACCCAAGACUACCAUGGUCGAGGCGCCGUGCAUCUCCAUGGACUGGUCUUUGCCGAGAGCAUCAAGCACAUGAAGUUGCACGAGAAGUUCCAAGCAACCGUGCCUGCAGAAGGCGACCCCCUGAGAGGCUUGGUGCUCGAUGGCCAAACGAGCAGGACGGGCAGCGGCUGGCCGGUCUUCGAAGGGUUGUCUCACUACGACGCGGCCGUGGACAAGGUGAAGCUUCACCACUCCAAGGAGGACAAGCGGCUCGGCGUGCGAGGCUACAGCCCAGAAGUCCUGGAUGUCUUGAAGUGCCAUCAGGAUGCGCAGAUCGAGCGCGGCACCGGCCUCAUGCUCAAGUAUGCCGCCACCUACUUGCCCAAGUUCAGUGACGGUCCUGGCAAGGAGCUCAUGGAUGACAGUAGCAGCGGCUAUGGAGCUGCCAGGCGUGCCCUUUUCACUUUUCAUCCCGGAGAGCCUGAGAUGUGGAUGCUGCUGGCCAAUCAAAGCUUCCCCAUGUUCGUGAUGGGUGGGACUAUGCAGCCGAUCAUCGCGCCGCACCCAGGCAUGGAGCAGCCCCCGGCUUACGUGGCGCUCUACGAGCAGGCCACUUGGCGCGGCGAGAUGACGCUCCUAGAGUACUUGCGCAGGGUUAACAACAAGGGCAACAUCUUAGAGCAUAUCCGGAAGGCCCACAAGAAGGACACCAGAGGCCUCAGUUUAGAGAGCUUCGCGAUCCGUUACGAGACCUUUGGCGAGAAGGUCAUAGCUGCAGAGAUGGUGUCCAUGCUGAAUGAUAAGUACUAUGGCCAGUGGAUGGCUUUGAAUGUGCCCUUCGAGACGUUGAGUGGUUUGCUUGUGCAAGACAUCGUGGACAAGGUGCCUGAACAUGUGAAAUUUUUGGCUUGCGCACUGCAUUGGGCACCUCACGUGUGGCGGAACGAGCAGGCCAUCCGGGAGCACAUGGCUUUGAGGGCGCGCAAAGAAUCCCUGGUCAACACAGUGGUUCAAAUGAUCAAGACCCAGGAAUUCUUCAUUCAGCUGCAUCUGAAUGGGCACCUGGAACGAGAAAUGCGAGUGCGGCCGGCCGCGCGCUUGAUGCCAUCUUACUUCGAGGACGCGGACGGCGGCUUCCGAUUGACCGCUGAGCAGAAGCGGGUGGCGGAGAAUAUCGAUCAGCGCGUCGAUCAAGCCCUGGCUAUUCGAGACGCGGCCGACGAGCAGGAGAUGGAGCGAUUGCUUGGCCUUGCAGACGAGCACGGUUCCAUUGUCGCCGUGUCUGGCCAGCCUGGCACCGGCAAGACUGCCGUGGUGGACCUCUGCGUCAAAAGGGCGCAGCGCCUGCAUGCCCGGAUCCUGUUGGCCAUGCCCACGGGGGUUCAACGGUCUCGCAUGAAGCAGCGCCAUCCCGAGGUGGACCUCGACACUUGCCACGGCGCCUUUCUUUUCCACAAGCCGCUGAUAGAGGCCAUGGGCAUCAUGAUGUGCUAUGAUCUGAUCGUCAUCGACGAGGCAGUGCAACUCUUUGAGGAGCAUUUUGAGCGCUUGCAUCAGAUGUGGCUCGCUGCCGGCAAAGUGCCGUGCUUGGUCUUCGUCGGCGAUGAAUGGCAAUUGCCGCCCCCGGACAACACCAAGCGCAGCCUGGUGCACCAUCCAAAAUGGCGCUUCGUCUACAAGGUGGAAUUGCACAAGGUCUGGAGACAAGCUGAUGGCGAUCCCCUGCUUGAAAAGCUCGCUUACCUCCGGAAGAACCGGCCCAUGGGCGGGGAAGGCAGCGCCUUCGUGCGAGAUAUGUGCAGAGGUCACAAAGCCUGGUCUGGGCACCAUGAGCCCACGAACCUGGACAUCCAAGACUUGCUGCGCAAAACCGAUGGGGUGCUCUUCGAGCUACCCGGCUGCAUCAAGUUGGGCGGCGUAGGCGCCGACUACGAGAGCAACCCGGACAACUACCAUUGGAACGGGACGGCCUACGAGAUGAAGCAGGAUCAAAGCCCGGAGCCCUUGAAAUUAGACCUCUAUGAAGGCCUGCGGAUCCGUCUGACCCGGAAUAUGAACAAGAGGCUGGACUAUGUGAACGGCAUGACGGCCAUUGUGCAAGCCUUCGACCGGUCUUCCGGGGGCGUCAUUGUGGAGACCGAGACCAAGCAGGUGCUCUGUGUGUACCCCCUGACGGAAGACGCCGGCGGCGGCCGGGUGGUCUACUACCCGAUGAAGCCCGGGUACGCAGACACCGUCCACAAGUUCCAGGGGGCGGAGCUGGCCCACGUGACGUUUUGGCCUGACAGAGAAGGGUGCGCAGCCGCUGCCUAUGUGGCUUUAUCCAGGGUGAGGAAAGAUGCCGACUACCUCUUGGGAGGCUACAUCAAGCCUGAGCACUUCGUGCCGGCCAAGUGA